GACCAAUCUUGGCGCCACCACCAUCAACUGUCCUUCCUUCCCAUUUACAAAUUCUUAUAUAUAGUUCUACCUAAACAGGAACUGCUAGAUAGGAAUUGUUUACGUUAACUCCAUGAAUUAAAAGUUUAAAAUUAUCAGCCAGCCGGCAAGCCUUGCAUUUCAUUUUUCUAUUUCGUCAAAGGCAGACUUUCUCGCUCAAUCUCUUCUCUCUCUCUCUGUGAGUGUCAAAUUCCAAGCUUUUGAACUUAUACAGAAUAAGUGACACUUUUGACUGAGAGAAAAUCCCAACUCUUCUUCUUUCACAAAUGGAGAAAACCCAAGAAAUUGCACUGAGCCAGAUGAGGAAAUCAGUUGAAACGCUCGGUUCUUGCACUGAGAUAUUUGGGGACCCGGCAUUGAUGAGAUUCUUGAUUGCGAGAUCAAUGGACCCAGAAAAGGCGGCGAAGAUGUUUGUUCAGUGGCAAAAAUGGAGGGCUGAAUUUGUUCCAAAUGGGUCUAUUUCAGAAUCUGAAGUUCGUGAUGAAUUAGAAACAAGGAAAGUAUUUUUGCAAGGUUUAUCGAAAGAGGGGUAUGCAGUUGUUGCUGCCAAAAUACACAAGCAUUUUCCGUCAAAAGAUCAUCUUCAAUUCAAGAAGUUCGUGGUUCACCUGCUUGACAAAACGAUUUCAAGCUCAUUCCAAGGAAGAGAAAUAGGAAAUGAGAAGUUGAUUGCCAUUAUUGAUCUGCAGCAAAUAACAUAUAGGAACGUUGAUGUACGAGGCUUUAUUGCUGGAUUUCAAUUUUUGCAGGCUUACUACCCAGAGCGUCUGGCUAAGCUCUUCAUUUUACACAUGCCGCGAUUCUUUAUUACUGUUUGGAAGAUGAUUGCCCGCUUCAUUGAUAAGGCAACACAGGAAAAGAUUGUAAUAAUCUGUAAAGAAGAAGAAAGAAGAAAUUUUAUAAAGGAAAUUGGUGAAGAAGCCUUACCAGAAGAAUAUGGUGGGCGAGCAAAGCUUGUAGCUUUCCAAGAUUACACUGUUCCUGUUUGAUUGAUAUCAGAAUUGGUUAAAAAGGCUUAGCUUCUAAAACAGUCUCUGUAAAAUAGUUGAUCAAUCUCAGGUCGAGCUAUGUUUUUUUCCUCAGAUUAUCAAUCUCAAAUCUGUAAUACUCUUUAAGGUAAAACAAUAAAAAAGUAUAUUCUCAUUUCUCCACCUCUAA